GGGUGCUUCUCAUACCAAAUCUCAGCUGGCAAAGAACUUUUGACGUGCCCAAUACUACAUUCUGUUCAAAGCACAAUAAAGGAUUAAUAAUUAAAUAUUUUGACAAUACAGCUCUCUUUAUUCUGCUCAUAAAAGAAACAUUUUUUCAGCCCAUCAUGCCUGCAGGCUCUCAGGACAGCGCAAAGCGCAAAAGGGCUUCCACAGGCGACAAGGCCACCAAAGUCGCCAAGAGACGACGUUCAUCAAAUGAGGAGGCCGAAGACCCAGGCGCAAAGAUUCUCCUCAUGGAGCAGGGCAUCCUGGAAUCCAAGAAAAACUAUAAUGACAUUGCCAAACUUCUCAGCAUCGCCAGCCGCUACGAAGAUGCAGAGGAAGAGUCAACACUGGCCGCGGUGGCUUUAUGUCGGAUUUUCCUGAGAUUGCUGGCCCAAGGCUCUCUCGUCGCCAAGAAAAACCUAUCAGAGAAAGAAUCUGUCGUCUUCGGCUGGUUGAAAGACCAAUAUUCCCAGUACAAGGCGCUCCUGCAAGAUAUGCUAAAAGAUGAAGAUCUUGCAGUGACUGCACUCACUCUCUCCAUGAGAACCCUGAAGGCAGAGGGAGAGCAUCUUCACAAUAAGGAAGAAUACACAUUUCCUCAAGCUUUCUUGGAGGGCAUUGUUGCUGUUUUGAUUACGUCGGAUAGCGAUGAGGCGAGAAAGGCGUUUCUCGAGUCAUACGUGGAAGAGUACGACGAUAUUCGAUACUACACAUUCAAAUCAGUAAAGACAAUUCUGGAGCGAUUAGAUAAGGAUGAUAUUCCAGACAGCUUAUUCGACCGGGCCUUUGCUUUGCUAUCGGCUCUGGAUGGCGUCCCCCAGUCCGCCGAGGAGCUUGAGGACUUUUACAUCCCACGUCCUCAAAAGAAAUCUCACAAUCUGAGAUCGGUAAUCCAACACAAGCGACAGGGGCAAGACGCCUGGUUAGCCAUACUGAGUAUUGUCCAAAGCAAAGAUGAACGGAAACGCAUCCUCAGCGUCAUAUCCACAAACAUCGCCCCGUGGUUUACCAGACCCGAACUUCUAUCCGACUUCCUCACCAGCUGUUACAACGCAGGCGGCUCCAUGUCCCUAUUAGCUCUGUCCGGUGUCUUUUAUCUCAUUCAAGAGCGGAAUCUAGACUACCCAUCAUUUUAUCCCAAACUCUACUCACUCCUCGACAAGGAUAUCCUUCACUCCAAGCAUCGCUCUCGCUUUUUCCGUCUCUUGGAUACUUUCCUUGGCUCGACUCAUCUUCCCGCUGCUCUUGUUGCCAGCUUUGUCAAGAGACUUACUCGACUCUCAUUAAAUGCACCCCCAAGCGCCAUUGCGACUGUCAUCCCUUGGAUUUACAACCUCUUGAAACGUCACCCGACCUGCACAUUCAUGAUCCAUCGAGUUGUGCAAGACCCGGAACUGAAGAAACACAUCCAAGACAAUGGCGCCGAUGACCCCUUCAACCCCAAGGAGACGGAUCCCAUCGAGACCGGCGCAAUUGACAGUUGCCUUUGGGAGCUUGUUCAGCUACAGUCGCACUAUCAUCCAAAUGUCGCAACCAUUGCAAAGAUCAUCUCCGAGCAGUUCACCAAGCAGUCAUAUAACAUGGAAGAUUUCCUCGAUCACUCUUAUGCCAGUUUGCUCGAUGCAGAGAUUGCGAAGGAUAUCAAGAAAGCCCCAGUGGUGGAAUUCCAUAUCCCCAAGAGGGUUUUCUUGCCCCAAGACGAGCCUGCCACCAACCCAGACAGCCUGUUGGUGAAGCUGUGGGACUUUGGAGGGGCAGCGAAUGGUGUUGCGGCUGCAUAAAGAGACCAGCAUAAAUGUGCAGUAGCACAUGCAUGGUGACCAGCACAGUUGUCACUCGACCUACGCAUAUGGAAUCGGAGAAUAAUCAUUGGCCCGCGGGCUAGAAAAGAGGAGGAUCCGACAGCAUUAGAGGUUUUCAAGAUUAAUUACUGCUAGUAGUACUAUUCCGUAUAUACCAAAUUGCUUCUCGUUUUCAUCCACGUCUAGGCAACCUGUGUUCUAGAGACGAUAGCUGGCUUAUACGUACGUACAUUACUAGGUAGGUAGCAGAAGCAGGAAAUUUACC